UGUCAAUCCCGUCUUUCUCCUCCCUCUAGGGUUGUUAAUUGGGAGACCUGCCGUCCUAAAAAUCGCCCGUCCAUACGAUUGCGAAAGUUGCCGAAAUCGCCCGUCGAUUUCUGGUGUCUAUUGAUUCCUUCUGGAUCGGAUUAUCAUGAAGCGCUCGAUCAGCCCCGACCUUUUAUCCUCCGCGAAGUUGCCGAAGCUCCUUCACCACUCACAGGAUGAUGAUGAUGAUGAUGUAGGAGCAGAGGGCAAUUCUUAUUGUCUUCCUUCCUGUAUCGCAGCCUGUUCCUACGUUUAACUAUGGUCCCCGUCGUGUUAGCGGUAUAUACGUUUAACUAUGGUCCCCGUCGUGUUAGCGGUAUAUACGUUUAACUAUGGUCCCCGUCGUGUUAGCGGUAUAUACGUUUAACUAUGGUCCCCGUCGUGUUAGCGGUAUAUACGUUUAACUAUGGCCCCCGUCGUGUUAGCGAAGUACUUAGCGGAUGCGUGGGAGUUGCUAAAGCCAGCAGUCAAAAUCAUAUUAGAUGAUGAAUAUAAGUCUGUCGAUAUCCCCUGCACAAAGAUUUAUAUGGCCGUUCAGCGUGCUUGCUUUGCGGAUGCGGAUCCCGAAACAGUACAAGUGCAUAUUUUCGGUCUUAUCGAGCAGGAGUGUGAGCCACACCUUGCUUCGGUUUUACAGUCUUUAGCGAAGCAAAUCAGUGAUGAUCCUUCUGUUUUGUUGCCACUCGUGCACAAUUGCUGGUUAGACUUUAGAAGGAAGAUGCUGUUUGUGUCUGACUUAGCCAUGUAUGUGACAUGUAAUGAGUAUACACUGUGGGACGGGUGCCAGAAGCUUUUCCAUAAGCAACUCUCCAUGACCUCUCAACUUCAACAUCAAGUUAUUACCGCCAUAUUAGGACUCAUCACUGAUGAAAGAUCAGGCAAGACUACUGCUAACAACACGAGUGAUUUUCUAAAGAAUCUGAUGGAGAUGUUCCUCGGGCUGUCGAGAUAUGUGUUUGAGAAGCCUUUCCUUGAUUCUACUUCCAAGUUUUACUCCGAGCAAGCAGAGAAAAUCCUGCAGCAGUCCGACAUUUCCAACUACUUGAAAUAUGUCGAGGGGGUUUUUCACGCAGAAAGGAAAAAAUGCCGGGAGCAUUAUUUCUUCUUUGCAGCUUGCUGCUUACAACUACCGAGAGUUUUAGAGAGGCAACUACUGGUGGCUCACGUUUCUUUUCUUGAAGAGGGUUUUAAGCUAUUAAUGGAUGAGAGUCUCAUUGAUGACCUUGGAAGAAUGUAUCGUUUGUUCUCUAGGGAAGAUUAUUUGCUGCAUUAUCUAGACCGCAGUUUGAAAUCCUACAUCUUGGCCAAAGGAGAGGGAGCGAGGCAAGAAGGAUCCUUGCAUGAGUUGCAUACUAGCAUUGAUAAGAUAUGGCGUCGAUGCUUUUUUGAGGAUGAAUUAUUGGAUAAGACCAUCAGAGACUUUUUUGAGGGUAUGGGUCUGCAUGUGCCGGGGCAGUGGGAGUGCUCGGAGGAUUAAAGCUGAUUUGUCAAAUGCAUGGAGGGUCGUUUAUCUUAUGGUAGUAGGAAGUUAUGUUGUUUAUUCUGGUAUUGUGUUACGUUUUCUUUAUCAGCCAACGGGCUGUAAUACAUAUGCUGUUGAUGUUUCUUCAGAAUUUACUACAUAUGCUGUUGAUGUUUCUUCAGAAUUUACUACAUGGUGAACAAAAAAAAAAAAUGCAUGUUAUUCUCAA